AUGUUUCCUCCACAACAACAACGCUUACCAGAAGGCGAUGCUGCCAUACGUGCAACGGACAACGACGCUGCUCUCGCACGACUCUCUGCCGUCCGGAAAGGGUAUCUGACGGAUCCUUUCAUCACGCCGCUCGUGCCGCGCGCACAUCUCCAACAGGCUCGACCACCGCUCAUCAAUAUCGGAACAUAUGUGCGAUCCGAGGCCCUCGAUGAACUGGUGGAUGGGUGGCUCGCGCUAUCUCAGCAGGAAGGCACCAAAUGCCAGAUCGUGAGCAUGGGCGCGGGGAGCGACACACGCUUCUGGAGGAUCGCGACUGGUCCUAGGCGUGAUAACCUAGCACGAUACAUUGAAAUUGACUUUCCGGAGAUCACUACGAAGAAAGCAAUGGCGAUCAGGAAGAGCAGGGAGCUCAGCGCGUCGCUCGGCAAGCCAGAGGAAGUCUCUCUAGGUAGCGGAGGUACCACGCUGCACUCACCGGUGUAUAACCUGCUCUCUGGGGAUUUACGGAGGCCUCCUACGGAAUUUCUGGCGCCCCUCUUAGCGGCGGGGACCACACCUCUGCUUUCGCCCUCUCUCCCCACCCUGAUGAUCUUCGAAUGUGUUUUGGCCUACAUGACGCCCGCUGCCUCCGGCGCUGUAGUUGACUGGUUCACCGACUAUUUCGCCGCUCCCGGUGGCACAGCUCCCCUGGGAUGCGUUGUGUACGAGAUGUUUGCGCUGCACGGUCCGUUCGGGAAGGUCAUGGUGAACAAUUUGAAGGCACGGAAUGUCACCCUACCCGGGGCGGAGCCGUACUCAACAUUUGAGUCGCUGCCCACACGGUUUUUACAGCAUGGGUGGGAACUCGCGCGAGCAGUCACGCUGAAAGAUCUUCGGCGCGAAUACAUUGCCCCCAGUGAAUUGGAGCGAAUAUCCGAGCUGGAGAUGCUGGACGAAAUCGAGGAGCUCGAGCUUGUGCUCGCGCACUACGCAAUUACGUGGGGAGCGAAGCUACCGCCUGAUGCUGGCAAACUGAAGGCGAGGUGGCAAGAGUGGAGUCUCAGGAAGAAGAUUGAGUUGUGACCAAGGGAGUAGAAGCAGCAUAUGCAGCCGGUGCUUGUGGACGUCCAAAGCCACAACUAGGCAUCGUGUAAAUUAGCUCGACGAACAUAACCUAUAUGAUCUUAAAUACUCCGGUGACCCCCUCUAUCUACCGUAUUGGCCUGCUCAACAGCUCUUGGUGGACAUUGAAGUAUGGCACAACUUGCCCAAUAUCCUUGCAAGUACCCACCCCGUGCUCAUCCCAGCUCACCACCCGCCUCCCAAUUACGGCUCCCUCAGCAGUCUUCGUCUCCGCAAUGGUCUCCUCCCCCGGGAUGCGCCCCUCCGCGCGCGCUGUCUGCACCUCCGCCUCCGCAAGCUGGAACGCCUCCGCGAGCUCCCACGUCGCAAACGGGCGGCUCGUCGGGACGAGGAACGCCGUGUCGUACACCGUCGUCACGCGCUUGUGCAGCCCGAGCGUGAGCGUGGUCAUCUCCAGCGCGCGCUCCGCCACCGCCCCCUCCGCGCCGCGCUCAAGCUCGAGGAAGCGCAGCGUGGUCACGUACGGGCGGCCGCACCAGGCGACGAGCGCGGUCGAGACGCUGCUCGUAGCCAUCGCGAUACCGGCGAGCGCAAAGCGGCCGGCGAGCGGUACGCUCGAGGUGGUCUCGAGCACGAAGAUGAAGGGCGUGAGCGCGAAGGUGAGCGUGAGCGAGGACAGCGAGAGGAUCUUCAGCCGCCGGAAGGUCGUCGCCAGCGGUCCGUGGUAUUCCUCCUCCGGUUGGUCGGCAGCGGCCUGUGUUGGCGCGUCCGCCUUCUGGUGGGCCUGGGACCCCACCGGGAUGUCUGUUGUGGUCGCGAGGAGCCGCCGCCGGAGGGCUGCGUGGCUGCUAAGGCGCAGGGCGACGGCCAGGGAGGGCGUUUUUGACUGGACGAGCGUAGAGAGGCAUCGCCGGGAUAGCGUCGCCGCCGUGAGCGGUGCUUGUCGGCGGAGCAAGAAAGAGAGACCUGCGGGCC